CCAAGAUCACGCUCAAACCUACCAACACCAACACCAACACACCAACACCUACUCUCCUAUCGCAGCACUUUCCACUUUCCACUCUCACUGAACAGACAAAUCCUUUCCUCUAAGCAUCAUUCUCACUGUCAAAUGCAAGAUCAGAAGCAGAUUCUAUUCCUGCCCAGAUGACGAUGCAAAGAACGGCCACGAUAGGAGAUAGGACUGGUACCAAUACAUACAAUGUAUCCAUCAUAGAGCCUGAAGCCGAGCUACACUCGCUUAUUCAUUCCCUUCCUCCCGAAAUUCUGUCUGAGAUAUUUCUUCUCGCACUCCCAAGCUCGUACAGCGUUCUCGAGCCCCUACACGCGGGUCCAUGGCUACUGGGGCGAGUCUGUCGCCGGUGGCAAGAUGUCGCCUGGGGUUAUCCUGCCCUGUGGUCGUCUUUUGUCCUAAUAGAUCAGGAAGCGCCGCACCGAAUACAAGAAGAAAUCGGAACAAGAAUGGUCCAGGAGGCCCUUCAGCGGACCAGACAGAGUAAACUCUCCAUGACGAUAUGGACGGGUCACAUUUUCUCAGAUACCAUCGUUGAGACCUUACUGCAGCAUUCACGGCAAUGGGAAGACGUCUCCUUUUUAGGCCCUUCCUCGAGUCAAUGGACUCAAUCACUACUCAAUUCCCAUCCGAUCCAUUUCCCUUCGUUGAGGUCACUUUCCUUGGCUUACCCUCAUUCUAUCGAUGACAUCGCUACCACCAUGGGCGUUAUCAAAGACGCGCCGAACCUCAGAUGUCUCCAAUUGGAUGUACGGGUGCCCAACUUUGACCUGAGCACGGUUCUCUUUCCAUGGUCCUGUAUCACACAUUUGGAUAUGACCUUCUCGAAAUUUAAUUGGGUAGGGCUGAUUGUCAGGCUUCUCCGUCUUUGUCCGAGUCUUGAAGAGUUAAAGGAGAAGUCCAUGCUCCGCUCUGAAACGACCACUAUCGCCCCACUGACGCUCGAAAAACUCCGUUCACUGAGCCUCGGAUUUUCUCAUUUGCUCCUGCGUCACCUCACUUGUCCCGUACUGGAAUACCUAACAUUCACUAUGCCAUAUAUCAACUAUCCAUCAUCCAGUCUAACGAUUUCUCAAUUCUCCGCCCGUUCUGGGAGUCAUUUGCAGACCCUUGAUCUCCGGCUAGCACGAAAAGCCCUAGACCCAGAUCAACUAUUCUCAUGCGUUCCUCAGCUCCGCAGAUUAAUUCUAUCCAUGGCGGAUACGGAAAACGACAGGGAUCCGUCGAGGUUUCUCAGGUGUCUCGAUUCAGGCGACAUGGCUCGGGGUCUGAUGCUCCCCAACAUGUCUGUUUUUGAGCUGAGCGCAAACAGGCUUUUUAUGGGUGACAUUCGGCUGGAAAGACGGGAUGAGUUACUGGUCAGGAUUAUCGAUAGGCGUUGGGACGUCCCUGAAGAUUCGCGGGUGACUCAGUUGUCUCAGGUUCGUAUCAGGUGCCGGAAUCCUGCUCAUGUAGAGGCGAAAUUCAAAGGUGGUCAAGCCGCUCCAAAGCUCGGUGCUUUGCGUGCUUUGUCGCAUAUUGAUCGUCUGAAAUCGUGCAAGGCUGAAGGAUCGGAUAUCUCAGUCAUUGCCGAUGAAGAGAUGGACGGACUGCUCGAGGAACGUGUUCUUUUAUGAUGCACUGGCAGAAGAUGUUGUAUGCAACAUUUUGUGGUUCUAUAUUGUCUGUCAAGCAUCCAGCUUUGCAUAAUAUCUCGAAAUUCCUUCCAGUCACUCACAUCAUGGGAUGUUCCUUUCAUCUCCAAUAGCGAGCCGCUGAACUCUUGUCUUUAUUAUCAUCUCCACAUCUCUGGUUAGCACUAUUGAAGCUAGAUAAUUCGAAAUUCAAAAAUCAGCUCGGACUGGGAGUCUUUCUUACUCUUUUGCUGGGAUCAUGACCGCGAGAGACCUCCGAGUCCCUGAAUUUCUCUUCUUUCCGAGGGCGAGGGGAAUAAGUGCCUCUCUUUCCAGUCUCUCUUCUUCCGUGACGCUCACUAUACUCCGUAGUAGUGCAUCGGGG